AUGGCCAGCUUCACCACAUUCCGCUCCGUGGCGCGCCUCGCCAGCGCCACAAAGUCGCCAGUAACUCCGACUCUUAGAUCUUCUGCACCAGCCUCAGUCCGACCACAAGCCGCAGCAGCGUUCCACCAAUCUGCUUUAGCCAGGAUGGCAUACAAAGACGAUCAGGACCGCGAAUCCCUCAAGCCCAAGACGCACGAGUACUCCAACGAGGACAGUGAAGCCGCUCACAGCUCCGCGGCCUUCGACCCUACCAAGACGCGGCCCGAGUCUGAGGGCGCCGAGGCCAAGAAGGACAAAAGUCUUGGCGCUGGCGGUGCCGCGCUCGACGGAAGCCCCACAGACAAGGCAACCGCGGAGGCGGGACGAGGCAAGACCGAGGAUAAACCCGGACAGGGCAGCGGCAAGGCUAGCCACACUGGCAGUGCGCCGAAGAGUGGCAAGCCUUGA